AUGCCGCUAGUACCGCAGGACGUAAGAGGAGUGAGUACCCGUGCUAUGUCAGAAGCGCAGCGUGUGAGGGAAGAGGGUGCUGCAGCUCAAACCAGCGAUGCAGAAGCCAAGCCUGUGCAGGUGGAUCUUCUGCUACAGCUGCAGCAAAUGAUGGCAGAGCAAGCGCGCCGCCAAGAAGAGCAAGCGCGCCGCCAAGAAGAGCAAGCGCGCCGCCAAGAAGAGCAAGCGCGCUGUCAGGCAGAACAGCUGCGGGAGCUGAAAGAAGAGCAAGCGCGCCGCCAAGAAGAGCAAGCGCGCCGCCAAGAAGAGCAAGCACGCUGUCAGGCAGAACAGCUUCGGGAGCUGAAAGAAGAUCAAGCUCGUCGCCAAGAGGAUCAAGCUCGCCGCCAAGAGGAGCAAGCGCGUCGCUUGGAAGAGAUGCACAGGGAUUUCACGAAGGGACUGCAAAAGGCUGUCGAACGGGUACAAGAAGUGGAGGAAGGGUUAGGCAAGUUGAAACUUCGCGUCAUGGCGAUAGAGGAGAGACUGGAAGAAGAGAUCUCCAAAAUCAAGCAGGAAGUGACAAACCCAAGCCCUUUGAAGAGCCGAAGCCGUCUUGCAGCCGUUUUUGACGCCCCAAAUGCGGCCUUAAGCGCAACGAAAGGGCUCAAGAUUCCCCAUUACGACGGAACAACAUCCUGGACUGCGUUCAAGCUACAGUUUGAGACACUUAUGGAGGCUUAUGGUUGGACUCAGAAGGAAGCACAGUCAGCCCUUACCCUGGCCCUCCGUGAUCAAGCGCUCUCAGUGCUGGAAGCUAUCGGCGCAAGUGGGGAUCUCAGCUUUAGUGCCCUCCUCGACGCACUUGAAGCACGUUUUGGAGACAGCCACCUCGAGCACGUGUAUAGAGCGCAAUUAAAAGAGCGUACUCAGCGUGCUAAUGAGAGCCUACAGCAAUGGUCCGUGGAAAUCGAGAAACUUGUACGUCGAGCUUUCCGGUCGACUCCGUCAAUGAUUGAAGGCACGCUUCUCCAAGCGUUCAUUGACGGUAUUCGGGACCCAGAAGUACGAGCUGCUGUUCAUCUGGGCCAUCACAAGAUCAUGAAAGAAGCUCUGGCCCAUGCAUUGGAAGUGGAAGCCGUGCGUAGCAACUCCCGUACCUUACGUCUGCGGGAAAUGCCGACAACGGAGCAGGUACCUCCACGCCGUCGGAACUUCAUGUGCUAUGGAUGUGGAGAGCGUGGGCACAUACGGAGCGACUGCCCGAAGAAGAUGAACCGCAAGGACGCGGCGGUCUCAACUUCUGACCAGCAGGGAAACUUAAACCCAGCCAGGGCUGCGGGGUGGGCGCCGGCUGGUAGUGGAACAACCCCAACAAUCUACAUCAAGCAAACCAACGAUGGAAAUACUCUGGUGAUAGACGGUCAAGCAAGUCAAACAUCCCAAGUGUUCGAUAUAAUGGAGCAGUCGAAGCCGGAGAGCGGAUGCGUGAUCCACAUCCCGGCGGUGGGCGGCGUGGGCCUGCAGCCGGCCGGCGACUGCCGCAUGUACUCGGACACGUGGGUCGUCUUCCAGCCCGACUACAUCAUCGACGCGCGCCUCGGCUGUCUCUGGCGCGUACACCUCAUUCCUGCUGGCCUCGCGCACUCGGUACCAAAAGACGAGAUAUCAAAGAUAGUGGCAGUGUUACUCCGGCGCACGGAUGGCAAGGACACUAUUUUCAGGAUACUCAAUCAGCUGGUCUCCGAGGCAGAUUCCUACCUUGUCCAGAUUUCUGAGGUCUUCGACGAGAUACAUACAGUCUACAGCGCGCGGGGCGCGGGCGCGGGAGCGCGCGUCGUGGUGUCGCAGGGCGAGCUGUGCCAGCACGUCCUGCAGCAGCACGGUGGCGCGGCGCAGCUGGUGCGCGUGGUGUCGGCGUACGUGGCGUCGCUGGCGCGCGCCGGGCUCGCCGUGCAGCAGCCGGCCGCCGAGCUGGCCGUGCGGGCGCUGGUGACGCGCGGCGCGGCGCCCCGCCUGCGCGCCUUGCUGCGCCGCGCCGCGCUCACCGACGCGCGCCCGCUCGCCUGCGCGCUGCUGUCGCUGGGCCAUCUCGACCCCGCCGCCGCGCAGCUCGCGCUCGACAUGCUUUGGCGGCUCAAGGGAUACGAGGAGGUGGUGGAGGUGCUGCUGAGCUGGGACGAGCCGGUGGCGGCGCUGGGCGCGGCGCGGCAGGCGGGGCUGGGGGCGCUGCCGCCGCGCAAGCUGCUGGCGGCGGCGCGGGCGCAUGCGCAGGCGCAGGGCCGCCCCACCGCCUUCACCGCCAUCUACCACGCGCUGCAGGCACGCAACGAGCGCACGCGGGGCUCCCCGCACUUCCUCAAAGGUGAACAAUGCGACAGUUACGUGGAAUACUACAAGCAGAUCACUGCAGAGCCUCAAUAGUGUAACCAUUGCAUUCGACGACAAUAUAAGUAAUAAGUUAUAAUAUCAAAAUUCAUAUUUCAUACAAAUGGUUAUGAGCCAUGUGUGGGACCCAUGAUUUGGCAAUAAUAAGCCGGCUGGACAGGAGUGAUACCACGGCCUCACAGAAUCCUGUCGUGAAACGAAAAACCACAGCGUUUUGUUUCGCCGUGUGAGGUAAUUUAUACCUCUGCUCAUUUGCACUCAUAUAAUGUAAAAAAAUAAUAAGCUGAAUAAAAAUACAUAGGUUAAUUAUUCUCAGACAGGAUAUAUUAUUCAUAUUCUCAUGUAUAAAGUAAUCUUUUGUUAUGGAGACCGGUUUGUAAUAAAAUAUCUGAGAAUAAGAUACCUACUUAUGCAACCUUGGUAAACAAUAAACCUAAACGCUAUGCCUGCACCCACGACACAGGAGAAAAUCUUAGUGUGGGGAAAAUAUUGUUAGUAAAUCAUUUCCUUGCUAUCUACCAAAAUGGCGAUUAUGGUGGCAUGGACUGUGCUAUCACCAACUACUGCACGUUGCUAUUUUAAAACCUCUACAGAUCUGUUCUUUGGUUAGGCCUCAAUAUUUAUAAACAAGAAUAAUGAAGUGCAUAAAGGAUAGUUUCGAACUAAUCAAACUUUCGAAAUGUCAAAUACACCAAUUUUAUUAAUUCGGGAAAUAGGCACGUUAAUUUAAAUAGACCACUUAUUUUUCUUGAAUUGUUAAAAAAAAUACGAAUAAGUAUUAAAGUAUUUAUCAUUAUAGCAUUUUUGUGGUUUUAUAACUUAAAACCUUAUCUUUUUCACCGAGGAAACUACCCAAUUGAAUACGUUUGAAUUCCUUGUAACACGAUAAUGGCAAGUGAUGUAUUUAUUUGAAAAAAAAAUAUUGAUACUAAAUUAGAUAUUAUUAAGUUCAUAAUAAUUAUUUAUAGUUAAAAAUGUCGUGUUUUUUAUGUCUCACGUGAAUAUGAUAAUUAUGUACCUAUCGGGAAUACACUAUCUUAUAUGUUAUCAGAUUAUUAUUUAUAAAUGUAAUAAUUUUGACAUAAUAUUAAUUAUUGUUACUAUACUGUUCUCUUAUUAGAAAGUUAUUGUGUUACUUGUAAAUAUAAAUAUGAAUGUAUGCAAAACUGUUGAUUAGUAACAUAAUUAAAUGAUGUGAUGUAUAUUUUGUUAUGAAUAUAGACAAAUAAAUAUUAUUUUCAUACAUUUUCAUCUUAUUUCCAAUCAACCUAUCCGUCCACCUAGUAUCCAGUUCUAAUUAUGUGCAACAUUGCGUAUAAAAGUAACUGGCGUACUAAGAUAACUGGAUUGAGUACCUACCUACUGUUAAUCGGCCGGCAUUAGUAGUUGGUUCCAAUCAAGUUAUAUGCGGUAGAUUCAAUAAUAGGUAUGUACUUAUGAUAUUUGACAUUCAUUUGCGCGCGUUGCGUUACCCAACGUUACCGUUAUAUAUUUUUUUUCAAUUUGGAUUUGGUGACUAAUUUAAUAAGACUGAACGUCGAGGCCUUUCACGCCGCCCAUUUAAAACGUACUUAAAGCGGAAGUAACCAUUCGUAUAAUAUUAAACAAUACUCGAAACGAUUGCUUCAGUGCGGACUUCGUACAA